CUGCCUGAUCCCCUCCCGCCACAUCCUCCGGGGGAUUCCCCACCCACAGCCCCCUCAUCGCGCCCCCAGUGCCCUGAGACCACCCCACCUUGUCCGGGACCCCCAUCCAGCCCGAAUCUGGGACCCGCUCCCAGGCUAGCCCUGCCCUCUGUGCUCAACCUGGUCUAGGACUCCCUACGCCCGAUGGUGCUGGGACCCCCACACCCAGAAUAGCCUCCAGACCCUAACCCUGCUGCCAGCUUGGCCUGGGACCCCUGCAAAGCCUGGAUCCAGCAUGUCCCCUUCCACCCUGGUCCUGGGACCCCCCUCCCAGCUUGAUCCUUAGAUUCUGGGACCUUCCACUUCACCAGGCUCACACAACCCCUCCCAGUGUCCCCCUUUCCCCAGCACCCAACGAGGCAGGGGGCUGUCCUACCCCACACCCACCGUCUCCUCCAGCCCCUCCAGCCCCAGGCAGUGUCUGCAGAGGGGUCGAUGUGUGGUGAACUGCCCACAGCCCCCAUUCCAGGGGGGAGAAGCGAGAGGAAUCAGGAAUUACUUUGAGCCCAGGAAGAAGGGAGAGCUGGGAAAAGGGUUUAAGGUUUAGGGGUUUUUAUCAUUACCUUGCCCUGAUUUGAUUGAUGAUAAAUAUAUAAAAGGGGAGAUUUAGAUCAGAUAUUAGGAAGAAAUUCUUGGCUGUGAGGGGAUGAGGCCCUGGCACAGGUUGCCCAGAGAAGCUGUGGCUGCCCCUGGAUCCCUGGAAGUGUCCAAGGCCAGGUUGGACAGGGCUAGGAGCAGCCUGGGACAGUGGGAGGUGCCCCUGCCCAUGGCAGGAGCUUGGAACAAGAUGGGCUUUAAGGUCUCUUCCAACCAAAACCAUUCCAUUAUUCCAUGAUUUUAUGAAAUACAGUUAAUUUUGCCAAACUGAGUCUGUUUUACUCAUUCAUCUGGUGACAUCCUGGUCCUUAUCUAUCUUUUCCUUUUAUUUUCCCUCCCUGCUCAGCUGAGGAGGGAGGGAUGCAGCAGGUUUGGAGGCACCUGGCCAGGGUAAGCAUCCACAAAGGUGGGUGACAUCAGCCCUCAGAAAGGUGGAUGACAAGUACAACCGCAUGCUGAGGGAGCAUCUGCCAGCGGGGUGGGGGUGGCCCCAACAGGGUGUGGAAGCAAAGAGGGGCACAUGGGGGGCUGCAGGAGGAGUUGCAUGGGGGUGUGGGUGUAUGGGGGGUAUGCUCUUGGAGGGGGUGGUGACUGUAUUGGGUUGUGAGGGGGGCUCUAGGAGGGGCUACAGGAGGGGUGGGGGGAUGUGAGGAGGGGCUGUAGCCAGUGUGUGGGUACCAUGUCACAGCCCCACACGUGUCUGUGGUACCACAGGAGGGGCACAUCCCCUGAACCUGUUCCAGCCCUGUUGGCUGUGGCCCCUCACCCCAGCCUAGUUCUCCUGUAGCCUCUGAUUCUGGUUCAAUGUGGGCUCAGCACUUCCCACCAGUGCUGUGCACCCCCAAAGUGUGUCCAAAGGGGGGACCAGGAGCUGCAGCCUCAUACCCGCAGCCCGUCUGCUGAGCUCUGUGGUGCAGGGAGGGUGCCCUAACCCACUCCUGGGCAGGCAUCACUGGGCACACCCUGCCUGCCAGGGCAUCCUCAAGGAUCCUGGCAGCAUCCCGGUGCCACCACCGCCUUCCGCAUUCCUGAGCCCGCACACCCUCCCCGCGUCCUGUUUGCCGGGCGCGUCACCCCGGCCUGAGUCACCCCGCGGCCUCUGCAGGUGACGGAAGGCCAACAAUAGCCCACAAAGGGAGGAUGUCCCCCCAAAGCCUUCCUCCGGCUCGUCUUCGAGGAAACCUCCCGCGGGAGGGAUGGGCCCCACCGGACGCACGGCGGCCAAGGAGCUUUGUCCUGUUGACGCUGGCUCAGAACAACACGCGGCCCUGGGGGUCCCCAGGGAUGGCCCGUGCCACCCCCUGAGCUGGACGAGGAAGAGGAUGCCAUUGAAGGUGAUGGCACCGUGGAUGGCACUGGGUACGAUGGCACUGCAGGGUGGAGCUCAAAGGGUACAAAUAAAGGGGAUGUGGACCCCCUGGGAGCGGGGUGCAGCCAUGGGCUGAGGGGUGCAGCCCACGUCCCCAGUCCCGGCAGGAACCAGGCUGGGAGGACGAAGAACCAUUAACGCAUGUCACUAAUGAACAGGAUGGCAGCAAAUUGCUGCCUGACUGUCCCUACGGCACCACAUGGCAUCCUUGGGAAACUGCUGUAACAAUCACAGCAGUUUUGGUGUCCCUCUCCCACCUGUCCCUGUCUUACCCCUGAUGGGGACCCCCUCCUGGGUUCCUCUCACAGAGCAGGGGACCAGCAGGUGAUGCCAGACACAGCCAGCCUGACAGCAUUGGUGACACGAGUGUUACAGGGCUCAGCUGGAGAGAGCAGAUGGCGAGGGGACCACCCGGCUGUGCUGCUGCUGGAGCUGCAGGCUGGUUAGACAGGACACAGGACAGUGGGACGCGGACAGGGGUCUGUGCUGCGCAGUCCUGGUGCCACCUCGUGGUGAGCAGGGUCCCAGUGCCACAGCUGGAUAGCUGGAGUGGUGUCACAGCAGGUGGAAAGGUGACACUGCUGGACAGGCAGGCAUGGACACACCAGACAGUGUGGGGACAAACCGGACAGUCGGAACAGUGACACAGCCAGAGAGUUCAGGGACAUAGCUGAACAGUCAGUGUGGUGACACAGCCAGACAGUCACUGCAGGGUAGAGAGGUAAGACCUGUCUGCUGAACGGGCCAUGGACUGCCACUGGGAAGAGGUACCAGCUCAGAGGGUUUGUAGUCCUCACACAGACCCAGCUUUAUCCAGCCUUGAGGCUGAACUUGUGGGGUGCAGAGACCCUGGGCCCAAGAAGAGGGGGUCACCUCCCAAAGAUCUUCAUGGGCUAUGACGAACAACGAUCCUGUAGGGAGCGCUCUGGGAAGCCUGGGCAGGUGGGAAUAUGAGUCUGUGGGGACAAACUUUUUGGCAGGGCCCAUGGCAACAGAUCAAGGUGGAGAGAUUUUAAAUUAAAGAGGGUUGGUGUGGAUUAGAUAUAGGAAGGAAAUUCUUCCCUAUGAGGGUGAUGAGGCCCUGGCACAGGUUGCCCAGAGCAGCUGUGGGUGCUUCAUCCCUGGAAGUGUCCAAGGCAGGGCUGGAAGGGGCUUGGAGCCACCUGGGAUAGUGGAAGGUAUCCCUGCCCAUGGCAGGGGGUCAGAACAAGAGGAUCUCUAAUGUCCUUUCCAGACCAAACCAAUCUGCAACUCCGUGACCUGUCCUGGCUGAGGACGUGCAUUCAUCCCUGGAGAUCUGUGUCCAGGGAUGGACACCUCCAUCCAAUGCCUGUGGCAGCAGAUCUGUCCCUCUCCCAGCCUUUCUCUCCACACCCAGAGUCAUUAAACCUGCUGGAGGAAGUACCUGUGCAAUCAAAGUGACAGGCCUCGGGGUCAAGGCUCCUUAUGAUAAAGAUAAUGAGGUUUCAGCAAGGCAGAUGCAUGGAGGGGUGGAGCUGAUGGGUCUGACAGGACAAAGGGUGCAUCCCAGCAGGAUCCUCCCAUGGAGCACAGGCCUCUGUGCAGCCUCAGCACAGGCUGCUGCUCCUGGGCGCUGAACAGGGGCCGGUGCCCACCUGCAUGGCUCCAUGUCCUCUGGAGAAGGAGGGAUGCCUUUGGGGUCUGAUUGGCUUGGGGGGCAUCUGGCCCUCACCCCAUAGAUCCCAUGUCAGCUCUCCAUAGAUCCAAACCCCAGGGGUUCCCCAGUGAGCAAAGCCUUUCCCUGACCUCUCCCUGGCCGUCAGGUAGUGCCAGGCUUAGUUGGCAUGCUUCCACUUCUGCUCCUGCAGGAUCUUUGGACUUUGUGCUGAUUUUGCUGUUUGCUUUUGUUUAGCAGCAGAAUUCACUUUACAAAGGGCCAACAAACCCUGCUUCCCACACCCUGUAUCUGCUGGUGCCUCGUCCCUCCCAUUCUGCAUCCCUCUGCCCCUGGGGCAAAGGCACAGGAGGAGGGACCUGUCACGCUCAGUGUCCCCUUGGUGUCCCACCACCCAUGGCCAGGGCAGCCGUGUGCCCCCCACUCUGGAUCACAGCCUGGGCACUCCUGCUCCACGGUAGGACAGACGGUGGGCACAGUGCUGGGGUGGGACAGCACAUCUGGGACCCCGAAAUGGAGAACCUGGGAUGUGCCAGCCCUAGCUCUGGGUGAAGCAAGUGUGGGUCUGCCCCAGGGUAGGAGGGUCUGCCCCGGGGUAGGAGCCAGGCUGUGUGCCCUUGGCCCAAAGUGAGAAGCCAGGUGCCAGCUGGUGCUGGAGAGCCCAGGGAGUGGUGGUGGGACCCCAUGCCAGCCCCGGGGAGAGGUCACGUCCAGCUGGAUGUGGCCCCGCUGUCAGCCAGUUCCUGCCGCGGCCCCAGUGCUGGGAUGCUCCAGGCAGGCUCCUGCCAGCCCCUCCAUGCUCCGUGCCAGGCACCAGCUGCUCCCCGUGAUGAUCCCACUGUACCACAGGCACCGGGAGAUUUACCUCCUCUUGAACCAGGGAAUGAUGUAGGUUUUUAGCUGGGGCUAAAAACACUGGGUUUUGCAAAGUGCCCUAAAGCUGGGCUAGCUGGUGUUUGGGGCUGGGGACAAGGGUCACAGCUGCCUGCUGCGGUUCUGGGCUGGAGCAAAGGGGCAGCUGGUCCCCUGGCUGCAGCCUGAGGCUCCCGGGUGUCGCCAUGCCCACAGGCUAUGCAGCAGGGCAGGCGCCACAGGUUCUUUCCACCAGGAAUGACAUUCGGGAUUGCUCUGCGGACCCACCGUACCUGCCACCAACAGUCACCAACACGACGGCGCGCCUGGCCGUGCUGCGGGGCCUCAUGCAGACCCAUAGCAUCCACGCCUACAUCGUGCCCUCCACGGAUGCCCACAUGAGCGAGUACAUCUCCGAGCGGGAUGCCCGGCUGGGCUGGCUCACUGGUUUCACCGGCUCUGCAGGCACCGCUGUGGUGACGCAGGACAAGGCUGCACUGUGGACUGACAGCCGCUACUGGACCCAGGCAGAGCGGGAGCUGGACUGCAACUGGGAGCUGCAGAGGACAACCUCGAUCGAGUCCAUAACGAUGUGGAUCCUGAAGGCGGUUCCUGCAGAGGGGAACGUCAGUUUGGACCCCUUCCUCUUCUCCAUUGACACCUGGAACAGCUAUAGCCGGGCUCUGCAUGGCUCCGGCCGGGCCCUGCUCCCCCUCGAGACCAACCUUGUGGAUCAGGCAUGGGGUGACCAGAGACCCCUUCCCUCCUCCAGCAAGAUCUACAGCCUCCCAGCUGAGUUCACAGGGAGCCGCUGGCAGGAGAAGGUGGCUGGGAUCCGACAGCGGAUGGAGCAGCACAUGCGGCACCCCACAGCCGUGCUGCUGUCAGGACUGGAGGAGACAGCCUGGCUUUUCAACCUCCGCGGAGAUGACAUCCCCUACAACCCCGUCUUCUACUCCUACACCCUCCUGACCAACACGACCAUAAGCCUGUUCGUGGAGGAGUCCCAGCUCUCGGCGGCGGCGCGGGAGUCCCUGCGCUCGGGCUGCCCGGGGCCACUGUGCGUGGAGCUGCAGCAGUACGGGCAGGUGAGUGCCCACCUGCGCCGCUACGCCCAGGGCAACGUCACCGUGUGGCUGGGCACCGAGUACACCACUUACGGCCUCUACGGCAUCAUCCCCCAGGAGAAGCUGCUGGAGGAGAAGUACUCGCCUGUCAUGAUGGCCAAGGCUGUGAAAAACACCCACGAGCAGGAGAUGCUGCGAGCUGCCCACGUCCGGGAUGCAGUGGCCGUCAUCCAGUACCUGCUGUGGCUGGAGAAGACAGUCCCGCAGGGGCAGGUGGAUGAGUUUUCAGGGGCUCAGCACAUCGAUGCACUUCGCUGGGCCCAGGAGCACAGCCGUGGGCCCAGCUUCCAGUCUAUCUCAGCCAGCGGGCUCAAUGCAGCACUGGCUCACUACAGCCCCUCCAAUGGGAGCAGCCGGACACUGUCUGCAAGAGAGAUGUACCUCUUUGACACUGGAGGGCAAUAUCUGGACGGGACAACAGACAUCACUCGCACAGUGCACUGGGGUGAGCCCACCCUGCUCCAGAAGGAAGCCUACACCCGUGUGCUGAUGGGCAACAUUGACCUCUCCCGCCUCGUCUUCCCAUCCAACACAGGAGGGAGAACAGUGGAGUCCUUCGCCCGCCGGGCACUCUGGGAUGUUGGACUCAACUAUGGCCAUGGGACCGGCCAUGGCAUUGGCAACUUCCUCUCAGUCCAUGAGUGGCCCGUGGGUUUCCAGUCCAACAAUGUGCCACUGGAGGCCGGCAUGUUCACCUCCAUUGAGCCUGGGUAUUACCAGGAUGGUGAGUUCGGGAUCCGCAUUGAGGACGUCGCCCUCGUGGUGGAGGCACAGACUGAGCACCAGAGCGGGGAGGAGCCUUUUCUGACCUUCGAGGUGGUGUCCCUGGUGCCCUAUGACCGCAACCUCAUCGACCUCAGCCUCCUGUCCCCAGAGCAGAUCCGCUACCUGAACUCCUACUAUGAGAGGAUCCGGGCGCAGGUGGGGCCGGAGCUGCGGCGGCAGCAGCUGGAGGAGGCAUAUGCCUGGCUGCAGGAGAGCACCGAGCCCUUCCCCGUGAGCAGUGCCGGCACGGCCACCACGGGUACACUGAUCCUCACCUCGCUGCUCUCAGUGCUGCUCAGUGGGCUGGGGGCCUGACCUCGCACCCUGUGGCC